AUGAUUUCACUGGGAAUAAAUUUUCUUGCUGGUGGCAGAUGCGGAGCACAUCACAAGAAAAUGGAUUGGCAUGAGGCUCGGCCUCCCCCUCCCCCUCCCCCUCAAGCACCCGUACGUAAAACACCUCCGGAGAUUGAACGGGUCAGGGACUGGAUCCGAGCCUGGGGAAGCAGACAAGACAAUGGCGAUGGCAGCGGAGGAGAAAUAGAAAUCAAUGAUGCCUACUUGUUAAAAAUCCUAAAGACGGCCUCGAAGAUCGAUCGAUUCUACCUGCGCAAAAAGCCCAGCACCAUUUAUCGAGUGCCAAAGGAACUCUAUUCAUCCGAUAAGAAGGCCUACGAGCCGAAAGCCGUCUGCGUCGGGCCUUUCUUCUACCAUUUGAUAUUUGAGGAACAUCUGCAAUCCAUGCAUACUUACAAGUGGGCAUGUGUGCACAAAUUACUGUCCAAGCAUAAUGAUCCCAUGGAUCUGCUUCGAAGGUGCCUGACGGAGAUGAAGAAACUAGAAGAAUACGUUCGAAGCUGUUAUUCAGAGACGUUUGAAUCAAUAGAUUCCGAUGAUUUCACUCGGAUGCUGAUGCUGGACGGCUGCUUCCUUCUCCAUCUCCUGCAAAGGCAUGCCGACAGUGGUGAGAAACCAAAAGUCGAUGACGUCGAUGCAGCCCAAGUUAUCGGCAGAUUGUGGAUCUGGAACCUGGUGAAGUAUGACCUGCUGUUGCUCCAAAACCAGAUCCCCUUCAUCGUCAUCCGGAGCUUAUAUGACUUACUUAAGACCGAUGAUAUCAAUCUUGUGGACUGUGCGAUUAAUUUGUUCAGUACUUUUGAUCCCUGCAGAAAACAGGAAGAACCUAAAUUCUACAUCCCGGUGGAAGAAGUUCAUCAUUUGCUCCAUUUGAUUUACUUAUCCGUUCUCCCAUGCCCACAAUAUUGUAACUCAUCCCCCAUGCCACAACCACCACUGUACUGGAUCCCCAGCGCCAAAGAGCUCAAAAUGGCUGGAAUGAAGUUCCAGAAGAGGAAGAAGGAAGGAGGCUUCUUGAGCUUCUUGGACGUAAAGUUCUCUGAUGGAGUGAUGGAAAUCCCCCAACUAGAGGUACAUGAUUACAGUAUCAGCUUAUUUCGAAAUUUUAUUGCCUUCGAACAGUGUUACGCAGACACGCAAUGCCACGUCACAGUUUAUGCGGCCUUCAUGGAUUUCCUGAUCAGGACCGCAGAGGAUGUGAGGUUGCUAUAUCUGAAUGACAUUCUCAUCAACAGCAUGACCGUUGACAAAGAUGCAAUAUUUUUUAGCCACAUUUGCAAUGAAGUUCACUAUGCACUAGAUACGAACUACCUUCGAAAAUUAUUUAGUGAUGUGAACGAGUAUCAUGAUUCCAAGUGGCCUAGGCUGCGUGCAUACCUUUCCCGACAGAUUAAAGGCUCUCCUUGGGGGUAUGUUUCCAUGAAUGUUGCUGCUGUAGGCCUUCUACUCACUGUUUUUCGGAUCCACUAGAAAUGUCCUCUCCCGUUAGUUCUGCAAGGAUGCUUCAGCAUCAAUGUUUAAGUUGUUUCUUCAGUUGUUUUAUUUUGGAAUAAGCACGGUGUGA